AUGGAUAAAUUACUUGGAAACAAAUUUAUUACUAGAGACUCAGAAAAAACAUUUCAAGACCUCAGCAAAGAUGCUGUUAUCACGCUUUAUUUUUCUGCCCAUUGGUGUCCACCUUGUAAAUCAUUUACACCUAAAUAUAGCCAAGUUUUUAAUGCUGUAAAUAAUGAAGAAAAAAGAAGGCUUGAAGUAAUUUUUGUGAGCCUGGACAGAGACCAAGAAGAAAUGCUUGAGUACUUAGAAAGCUGCCCAUUUAUGGCAUUGCCGUUUUCAGACAAAAAAAGAAUUGAAUAUUUAUGCAGAAAAUUUCAAGUCACUGGGAUUCCUUUAUUAGUAGUUUUAAAUAAGGAUGGGUCAGUUGCUUCGAUGGAUGGAAGAGGUGAUGUUAUGAGGCUGAGGGAAGGAGUCGUUGAUUACUGACUCCCCCCCUUUAAAUUGGAACAAACAAUUUUAUUCCAAUUUAAAGGGGCUAAUUUACCAAAAAAUGGAAAUUUUACCUAUAUUUUGUUCCAAUUAAAGGGGGGAGUGAGUGAGAAAAACUGAUAAAUCAUCCAGAGACGGUAACGCUAGAAGAAAGAGGAGGAGCAGUCUCUUUUAAAAGAUUUAGGAUUGGAAAAUAA